AUGGACGCAGAACAGAUUCGAGAUGGUGUAAAGAAUAUGCAGCAAGGCGAUAAAGCUGCUUCUAAAGGCUUAUUUAGAAAACCAGACUGGGAUCUUGCUGCUAGUUAUUAUGAACCUACUAACUUUAAGAUUGCAAAGUCCAAUGACCAAGCAGUCCAGGCUUAUAUCAAAGCUUCAGACGCUCUUUCUAAAGCAGACGCUAUUCAUUUGGCUGGUAAAGCACUUGAAAAUGCUGCCUUUAUCUUGGCACAAAACUUGAAUCAACCUCAACGUGCUGCUGAACUCUAUCAACGUGCCAGUAAUUAUUUUAUGACACAAGGUAACAUUGACCGUGCUGCUGAACAACUAGAAAAGGCUGGAAGAGCACUUGAAAAUGUAGAUGUCAAUGCAUCCUAUGACAUGUACAGUAAAGCUUGUGCUAUUUAUGAACAAGAAGACAGAGGAAGAUUUGCAGUAGAGAUCUUUAAAAAGGCUAUUUCUUUACUGAUUCGAAACAAAAAAUACGACAAGGCCAUUGACAUGUUGAAGCGCCAAUCUGUUGUACUUCAAAAAUUUACCAGUCGAUCCCAUCUCUACAAAGCCAAUCUUAGUAUUCUUGUGUUAAUAUUUGCUAUUGGUGAUGAUGUUGAAGCAGGCAAACAAUUCAGUUCGAUGUGCGGUGAAGAAGCAGAGAUUGCUGAAGAUUUACUAAAGGCUUAUGAAGAAAGAGAUCAAGAGUUGUUGGAAAAGACAGUUCGCUUACAACAUAUGUCAUUCUUGGAUAAUGAAGUAGUCAAAUUGGCUCGAUUGUUGACUGUGCCUGGUGAAGUAUUGUCUUCCACUACUAUAUACAACAUGCCUCAUGCUCAAGCAAGAGCUGAACUCUACAGUCAUGACUUGAGCAACGAACUCAAGACAAAAGACUAUUACAGUGAUGAAGAUGAAGAAGGACUGCGAUAA